UCUUUAAAUCAGUCGAAAAUGAUUGCUGCUUGGAUUCAGUUGUUCCUGCUGGGCACUCUGUGCUCUGUGGUUUUUCCAGCUCCCUACAGUACUCAUUAUGAGGAAACGGACCCAGAGCUGACUGCAGGAUACUUCCAGGGUGAUAUGGAUGUGGAUUUUACUCGAAACGGACAUCUUUCCGAGACACGUCGUUGGCCAAAUGCCACAGUUCCUUACAGGAUCUCUGAGGAGUUUGAUGCUCCCUAUGUGGAAUACAUUAAGAUUGGCAUGCAAAUCAUCGAGUAUUCUUCUUGUAUUCGUUUUGUGCCUGCUGCUGAAGACGAGGAAAACUAUGUUUUUGUGCUGCCUUCCACUUCCGGUUGUAGCUCAAAAGUGGGUUACCAGCCGGGUGAAAGAACCGUCAAACUUAAACCUGGCCAACUGGACUCUGGCUGCUUCAAGCUGGGAACUAUCCAGCACGAACUGCUCCACACUUUGGGAUUCCACCAUCAGCAAUGCUCUCCGAAUCGAGAUGAGUUCGUGAAAAUUGUGGAGGAGAACAUAUCCGAGGGUCACGAGAAGAACUUUGUCAAGUACGAAGAUGACGUUGUUGGGGAUUUCGACGAGCCCUACGACUAUGGAAGCGUCUUGCACUACAGUUCCGUAGCCUUUUCGAUCAACGGCGAGGCCACAAUUGUGGCUCUGAAUCCAGAGGGUCAGGAGAAAAUGGGUCAGCGUUUGAAGAUGAGUGAGAUAGAUAUCAAACGUCUCAAUACCAUGUACAAGUGCCCAAUUCAAUUGUAAAGCUUGCAAAAAAUAUAUGUGCAAUA